AUGGCUGCGACACCUUUGAUGAAUGAAUUUCCCGAGCUAGCCUACCUUACACGUGAAGAUCUUGAAGACAUCCUCAAUGAUCCCGCUUACUUCCAGAGCAUAUUCCAUUCCUUGCGUCAGGUCAAGGAAUUAUAUCAAGCUCAGACAGAGUUAGGUAUGGCAAAUGAAGCCAUCGCUCAAACAAACUUAUCACUGCAGGACCGUCUAUAUGAGUUGCGAACUGAAACAAAAGAAGCCUUCGAUAACGCCAAGUCUAUGGAGUCUCGCUGGAAGGAUCUCGAGCGCGAACAACGAGAAGUUUAUCAACGGUUCGACCCUCAGUUUCUUUUACUUCGUCUUCGUCAUGCGACCACCGCGCAAGAUGAUGCCUCUGAGGCUCUUGCGUCAUCAUUUGUGCAAUCAUCUCCUUCAUCCUCCUUGGUUAACGACGCCUCAGAUGUGGAUGAGUUCAUCAGAGAAUUUAGAGAGCUUAGGAAAAUCUACCACAAACGAUUAAUGUGGGGUGAUAGGUGGACUUCUGGACAGGUGUCUUGGGAGGAUGGUUAA